AUGCGGCCGCGCUACGAGCACGCCACGUUCCUGUCCGCCUGCCGUCCCCAGCGCCUCUGGGUGUUCGGCGGCGCGCACCGGGCCGGGAACCGGAGCUGCGUCCAAGUGCUGGACCCCGAAAUAGGAACCUGGGAGAGUCCCGAGGUGAGGGGUGUUCCGCCACUGCCCAGGACUUUCCACACCUCCUCGGCAGCUAUAGGAGACUGUCUGUAUGUCUUCGGAGGGGGAGACAAGGGAGCAGAGCCAGUUAAAGACCAGCAGCUUCACGUCUUUGACGCAGUUGCUUUGACAUGGACUCAGCCUGAAACCCAUGGCGAUCCCCCUUCUCCUCGGCAUGGACACGUUGUUGUUGCAGUUGGGACCAAGCUUUUCAUACACGGAGGUUUAGCUGGUGAUAUUUUUUACAAUGAUCUGUUCUGCAUUGAUACAACAGACAUGAAGUGGGUUAAGAUAGCAGCCACUGGUGAUGUGCCAGGAGGGCGGGCAUCCCACUCAUCGGCUGUGUUUAAAGACCACUUAUACAUUUUUGGUGGAAUAGGUCCAGAUGGGACACUAGAUACUACAUACAAGUAUCAUAUAGAGGAACAGCAGUGGACACUCCUGCAGUUUGAUUCUCCUCUGCCUGCUGGGAGACUGGACCAUGCCAUGUGUGUCAUUCCUUGGCGGGCUGGCAACAAUGCUGAUUCAGGAGCUGUCACUAGGGAAGAUAAAGCUGAGCCAACUGCAUCAGCUGGUGACAGAGCUGAGCACCUCUGCAGAGGCCAGGAUGAGAAGGCAUGUACUGAAGACACAAUGAUGCAUCUGCUGUUAAUAUUUGGUGGAAUGGAUACACAAGCAGAGAUAUAUAGGGACUGCAUUGUAAGUUUGAUUGAAUAGUCCAGCUGCAGCCCUUCACAGCACCAUCCCUUUCCUUAGAAGUUUUUUGUAGCAGUGUCUGAUUAAGGUCUCUAUUUCCAAUAAACAAAUUCUUGCCCUCAUAA